AUGAAGUUCCAGGUCGUUUUGGCUCUUGUUGCCUUGGUUGCGGCCGUUCCAUUCGAAGGUGGUCAGUUGCACAAACGCGCCGGGGAAAAAAUCCAUGUUGGAUAUCGGGCUGUCCACAAGGCAGAAGCCCAAGCGAUCGAAGCCAAUGGAAGGAAGGCGGUGCGGUCCAAUGAACGCGGGGGCAGGCAGAUCGGAUCGGGAAUCUACAUUUCCCCAGAGUUUAAGUAUUGGACUGAAGCUUAUUCCGACCCUGAUGCUCCACCCUGGGACUGUGCUGUCUUUGUUGACGCCGAUUACUGGAACGGGCUCAAUAAGGCAUGGAUACCGAGAUCUUUCAAGUUCCCGGAAGAUGAUGCCAACAACCCGGCCACGUGCGCGCCGCUCCAAUUGUGGAAGAUGUUUCCCGCUGUCAAAAGGAACCGAGCGCGUUUCUUGCAGCACUUGGAUCCUUCGUUCACGAUCGAGAACACGGUUCGCUUCUCUUUGGUGCUGAACCACGAGCCAAAGAUUCAGGCGUUGAUCCCACAGGAGAUUAUCGACGAACAGCAAUUUUACCUUGAGCCGUGUGCUGAGGACACGGCGCCGGACAACUACAAGAUCGGCGAACUCGGGAAAGUUGAUUGGAAGAUAGAAGGAUUGAAAGGCUAUGGCUUGGGGUCUGACUACGAGUAG